AUGGCAACGUCCGAUUCUGAUCGAAUCGAGGCCGUCGCCAUGUCUAGCAGCGCGCGUGACGAGGAACAAGCUCACCAACUCGCCGCCGCCAUCGAGCACCACGCCAAAGACUCUUCCUCCUCCUCCUCGGACCCCUACCUCGUUGCCUUUUCCGCCGACCACCACGAUGCCACCAACCCGCUCGACUGGCGCGCCGGCAAGAAGUGGAUGGUGACGGACGUGCUCUCGGCGACGGGCUUCAACCGCAUCAUGGUGUCGACCAUCAUGGCGCCCGCGCUGCCCACCAUCGCGCGCGAGUUCCACAUGAGCCCCACGGAAGCCGCCAUGUCCAUGUCCAUCUACCUGCUCGCGACGGCGCUCGGCCCGCUCGUCAUCGGCCCGCUGUCCGAGGUGUACGGCCGGCAGGUCGUCCUGCACGGGUCCAGCGUGUGGUUCCUCGUGUGGAACGUGCUGUGCGGGUUCGCGCGCACAAAGGAGACGCUGAUCGCGGCGCGCUUCCUCGCGGGCUUUGGCGCGAGCGCCAUCUACGCCCUCGGCGCGGGCGUGCUGGGCGACGUGUGGCGGCCGGAGCAGAGGGGCCGCUCGCUGGGCAUCUAUCUGCUGAUUCCGCUGCUCGGUGCCGCUGUUGGUCCCAUCAUCGGCGGCUUCAUCGCCAUGCGGCCGCCAUGA